UUGGGUGGAAGGGCUGCUGUUCGGGUGAAAUUUCAGUUUUUUCCUUCCUCCAAACCAAACCAUAAUAUUGUGCACAAAAGAACACAAAAGUAGUUUUUCGAAAACAAAAAAGCUCAGUGUAAUCUUCGUAGUGUAGUGGAGUAGUGGAAAAGCGUUGUUUUUAGCGUUUAAUAUAAGUUCGGGAUGCAUUUGUUGAUUUUGGGUUCAACAACGAGCAAGAGCGGAGAAUGAAAGCCCCACUCAGAAGAAAAGUUUUGCAUGUGCAGCAGGUGGGAUUACGAUAUGAUAUUUUGUGUUUACUGGAGCAGAGAUGUAUACCUUAAACACUUUCACCAGCGAAAGACUUUAGAUAGAGGUGCGAAUGGCUCGAAGUUUUAUCUGUUGGAUUGUUCUGACCACAAUGGCUGUUCUGCGAGUGUAGUGUAGGGAUGUUGGAUGCUCCCGUGAACCAGUUUGGGAAGAAGAGUGAAUAUCAUGAACCAUAUAUAUACACUGUCUUAAGAUUAAUUAGAAGUAUACAAACAAAAUUAGCUAGUCUGUUUCUUGUGCAAAAUAAUUCGCAUUAUUGAUUCUACGUGGGGUCUCUUCCCCUGGUCAAAUUGUAACGAAACGAAAAAUACGUGUUCAUGAAAUCAUUUACCUUACAAAAAAAAUCUGCCAAGGCGACAGAAGAUUGUACAGCGAAACGAAGCGAAUCAUCUAACCUCAUAGUUUUCACGAAAACAAUAAAAAAAAAACGAAACAACAAUCAUCUGCAAUCAUAUUCCAGCGUGUGAAUAUUGCAUCCGGCAUAGUUCUAACUUAAUAAGAUUACAUUUUCAAACGAAAUUCACUUCGAGAGGAAAAAUGGCCUGCAGUGAGAAAAGAAAGCGAAAAGUGAUACUGUCGUGACACAUCCAUAACUUUGGGGUUUGUGAUAUACUACAUUGUGUAUUCGAAGCCACAGGAACAGAGCGGUCUUUACCCGCUGAGAAAGCAGAAGAGAGAGGUAAACCAGGAAGACCAAGAGAGUUCGCGAAACGCACAUCCCUACAAACCGCCGAGAGAUAACUGACCCCAAAGUACAGAGAGAGUAACAUUAUUUUCAAACCAUUGAUAAGAAAAAAAGUAAACAUAAUUAGAGUGCUCAGUGUCCAUCUAUACCCAAAAAAUACCUUCUAAUAUUUUUGUGGAGGGUAGUGGAUCAUUCCGAGAGUAUCCUUAGGAGUAAGGUGAGGAUCACCGUGGGGGAAACGAGGAAUGGCGGAGGCACCAGGAAGUCCACGCUCCGGGGACGAAUCCUCUGAGAGUGAUAAUGAGACAGAACCAGCAAAAACUUUCCACCGGAAAUUGUCAACGAGGAAGGACAUCAAGUCUGCGGCUGCCACCAAGGAGGGCUAUCUGAUGAAGCAGACAUGGUCGUUCCAGAGAUGGCGUAGACGCUAUUUUCGACUGAAAGGCCACAAGCUUUACUAUGCCAAGGACAGCAAGAGCGAUAUUUUCGAUGAAAUUGAUCUCUCCAAUUUGUGCUUCGCUGAAUGCAGUACGAAAAAUGCAAAUCAUAGCUUUCAGUUAAUUACACCGACUCGUUCGCUAGUGAUGAGUGCCGAAAACCGCCGCGAGAUGGAAGAGUGGCUGCACGCCCUGAAAGUCGCCUCGUCGCGUGAAUUUUUCGAACCGGGACCACCUGAUCAGAACGAUUUCCUGUCGGGACAUCACCAUUGGUUGUCUACCUCUCACGCUCGACCAACGUAUUGUAACGUUUGCCGAGAUGCCCUCUACGGUGUCACUUCGCAUGGACUCUCGUGUGAUUUGUGCAAGUUCAAGGCUCACAAACGGUGCGCAGCAAAAUCAAUUUCCAAUUGUAAAUGGACCACACUUGCUUCCGUUGGGAAGGAUAUUAUCGAAGAUGUCGAUGGGAAUAUCGUCAUGCCUCAUCAGUGGAUGGAGGGAAAUCUGCAGGUGUCAGCAAAAUGCAUGGUUUGUGACAAGACAUGCGGCUCGGUAUUGCGUCUCCAAGAUUGGCGCUGUCUAUGGUGCCGAUCCACAGUACACACGGCUUGCAGGCCCCAAGCCCAGGUUGCCUGCCCGAUGGGACCGUUGCGGGUCUCUAUCGUGCCGCCAACGUCACUCCAUUCGAUAGGAAUUGAUGAUGCGUGGGAUGUUUGUAAACCAAAUUGUAGUUUCUCGCCCCUGUUGGUGUUAGUAAAUAGUAAAUCCGGCGAAAACAAGGGCAACAAUUUUCUCAAGCGUUUCAAGCAGCUGCUGAAUCCAGCACAAGUUUUCGAUAUCAUGAACAAUGGCCCCGGAAUAGGGCUUCGUCUGUUUCGCCACUUCGAUCCUUUCCGAAUACUGAUUUGUUCUGGUGAUGGAUCCGUCGGUUGGGUUCUCAGAGAAAUUGAUCAUCUAAAUAUGCAUAAACAAUGUCAAAUAGCAGUGCUUCCACUAGGCACCGGAAAUGACCUGGCACGUGUUUUGGGUUGGGGCGGUUCCUGCGACGAUGAAGCCCACUUGCCGCAGUUGCUCGAGCGUUACGAACAGGCAAGCACAAAGAUGCUGGAUAGAUGGAGUGUCAUGGUGUACGAACGAGGUCCGAUUGGGAUCGUAGAGCCCCCAACGCGCACCCCGAGGAUGUCAAUCUCGUAUCACAUGGAUCCGUUGCUGUAUCAAUAUGAGGAUGACGCGCUCGGUAACCUUCAGUCAAUUGUGACCAACGACGACACGCAGACGAAAAUGCAAACGACGCGAGAGCUGUGUGAAACAAUCAAAGAUUUUACCGCUAGAGUAAGAGAAAACAGCUCCAACGAAGAGCAAUUAUGUACAAAAUGUGAUAUUUUAAGACAAAAAUUAGGUAUGUUUUUAGAUACACUGAAGGAAGAAGAAGCUGGUCUUCAUGGUGACGACGAAUUAUUUCGAACACUGAAAGAAAUUGCUCAAAAAAGUGCCUCAGAAAGACCAAUAGAUACCGCUUUUUCCACAAACAGAAAGACGAUAGAAAAAAAUGAAAAAGACAAACUCAAUUCCAAAGAGCGCACAAGUACGUUGGACCGUCGGUCUGAUAAAGAAGCACUUUUAGCUCGUGCGAACAGCCUGAAGCGAGCAAUUCAUGACGUAGUUAAGUAUACCGAAAUAUGCGGACAGUAUAUGCCCCCAAAGCGACUCUCAAUUCCAGUCAUCACUAGAGAUAUUAACACACCUGGAGGGUCUCCGACUCCAAUACCUGGACAACAUACAAUCUCGCCUUCGGUAUCUACUUCACGACUCACAUGCAUAUCACCCCUGCCAGACCAGCGGCGAGACUCGAUGGACGAACAUUUCCUCAGUACCGUUAACCUACCAGUACCGAAGCAAUUUGCAGACGGAGGAAGUCGUCGUAGUUCAGGUGUGCCGGAAACUCAUAGAAUUCCCAGCAUAGAGGAACUUGAAGAGAAUAGUACCCACACAGAAAAGCAUGUCGAACUCCGCAAGGUGGUGGAAAGCCUCGCAAACAUCGAAGAAAACGUAGACAAUGAACUCGAAGAAAAUGCCGAUAAAGAUGAUACAUUGAACCAAAAGUCAACCACAACGACCACGUCAGAUUCGCAAUCAACGACUGCCCCGUAUGACUUUUCAUUUGAAUCCGACACGAAAACGGUGAAGUUUGAUUUGGACGCCAGCAGUGCAUUCGAACGGCUUGGGUUCAAACCAUUCAAGAAAGCAAUCGAACAACAUCAUACCCAACUGCAAUAUCAGCAAAAAACAGAUGCCGCCUAUCAAAACUUCCAACCGAUAGAGGUAUACGAACGAAACCUCUAUCGCAAUCAGUCGCAACAACAGCAGCAGCAAUUGACCACUCUUGGGAGUAACUUGCAACGUAUGUGCAAUGAACCCGUCGCGAAAAGUUUCAACACACUGCAAGUUCCCAAUAUUUGUCUAUCAACCCUAGAAAAACCACCGGAUAAUAUGUAUUUUAGCGAAAACAUCACCAUCAUCGAUACAGACAUGCCGGAGCGAUCCUCAUCCGAAGAUGUUCCGGGAGAAGCUAGCGAUGUUCUCUCAGCAAUAAGCAACGAAGAAUGCAGCGUAACAUCGGAGAUUCUGGACAGACAAUCAGACAACAAUUCUCAGAUUCACACCGCAGAUUUGAUUCAGGAUUUAGAUACGGAUCGAUUCAGUCACAUUGAUUCCCCGGAGACAAGCGACACCACCGAGGCGCUACAUGGGGAAAGCCUAAUGGACGACAUAAGUUCGGUGUUGGGCCAGGAUUUGCUAGGUGCACUCCAAGAUAACACAAUAACUGAGGAUACCACAACGCUUUGCACAUUAGACCACACAAAAAGACGUAGUUUCAAGAAUAGAAAACAACAAAAAGAUUGCUACGAGUUGGAUCAAUUUGGGUUCGAAAAUCGGGUAUUCGACAUCGACAACAGAUGCGACGAUCAGAAAGUUCGUGAACCUAGAUACUGCAGUCUGGCAAAGUUUGUCGAGGGAAAUGAUAUAGCGAGGAAGAGCUUCAAAAGACCAGCUGGACGCGGUUUACCAUCUAGAAGUUUGGCAAGCAGAGCAAUGAACCUUCUGGAGAACGAAUACGAGAAUACACAAAGUUUGGCUGCAACUCUCCUGCAGCCCCAUGGAUCUCCGUCUGACCCUUCAGUCACUGAAACGGAUACGGUGCGAACAUCGGGAAUAGAAUACCGAAAACUAAGCUCAACUGCAACUAAUGCCGACGAGGAUAGCUUUUCGGAAGUAGAAGACAAGGAUGAUAGAUCUGAGGAUGAUAACGAAUCUGAUGGGGCAGUGGGUGGAGAAGAACAAAACGAGGAGAUUGACAUUCACGAUGAGGUGCAAGAGAAUGAAACGCAGCCACCAGGGAUUCCAACAAUAAACGUCGUCGUUGAACCACCCUCACCGGCGAUGAGUGAUGAGUUGCGAUCACUGCGCGUGCCGGAGAUUCGACGCCACUCGAGUCAUACGCCGAACAUGUUGGCACCACGAGAGAUUGACAUUAAUCGACGGCACUCGGGCAAUAAUCCGAAUUUAUUAGGUCUAGAUUCGGACCAUAUACGUUUCCUGAAUAGUUCACCAGCAGCUUCAAGGCGCAUCAGCUGCGGAAGCUUGAUGUUCAAACCUGAACUUGGCAGCUCUAAAAGCAAUAUAUUCAGUUCCAACAUGGGACUGUUCAAUUUUGAACGUGAUGUUGAAAGCAAAGACGAGGAGAAAAAGAAAAAAGAACAAAAGGAGAAAGUCAAAAAACUGCCGAUCAUUAAUCCUUUGGUUAGAUUACCUACUUGGCCGAAUGUUAAUAACAGUUUUAUUUCCAAGUGUUUAUUGGCUAACGCAGACACUCUGUGUGCUGCGGUUAGUCCUCUGAUGGAUCCAGAUGAAACCCUGAUGGAAGGCUAUCAAGAGAAGGCUGUUAUGAACAACUACUUUGGAAUCGGAAUCGAUGCUAAAAUUUCCUUGGACUUUGCGAUGAAGCGAGAGGAACACCCGGAGAAGUGUCGAUCGCGAGCCAAGAACUACAUAUGGUAUGGAGUGCUUGGUUCGAAGCAGUUGGUACAGCAGACCUGCAAAAAUCUCGAGCAGAGGGUUCAGCUAGAGUGCGACGGACAGCGAAUACCAUUGCCUUCAUUGCAAGGAAUCGUCGUGCUCAAUAUUCCAAGCUUUAUGGGUGGCACCAAUUUCUGGGGCAACACAAAAGACGACGACAUUUUCCUGCCGCAGAGCUUCGACGACCGCAUCCUGGAGGUGGUGGCGGUGUUCGGUUCUGUUCAGAUGGCUGCCUCUCGGUUGAUCAACAUCCAGCAUCACCGGAUCGCGCAGUGCCAGAGCGUGCAGAUAAAUAUUUUGUGCGGAGAGCCAGUUCCCGUCCAGGUAGACGGUGAAGCAUGGCUGCAGAAGGCGGGAAUAAUUCGCAUCAUCCACAAGAAUAGGGUUCAGAUGCUGUGCCGCAAUCGCGAGCUGGAAGUAUCGCUGAAAAGCUGGCAGGAAAAGCAACGCCAGCACAGCAUUUCAAUUGCCCGCGAGCAAUCUUCGACUGCAUCGGAACACCUGGUGGCACCAUCCGAGCAUGUGUUUUCCGAGCGGGAAACCUACCUGCUGCUGAACUUCAUCGAGUGUGUUAGCACUCUGGUGAAGUGGGUAAAGUUUUUAAUUAUUUCCCACCCAUCGUUGCAACCGGACCUGUAUGCGGUGGCGUCCAAAACGGCCGAUGCUCUGGAAUCCAUUCAUCCCGGGGGGAAAAUCAUAGAGGGGCCAAAUUUGCGUCGACAGCUGACGGAACUGGUGAGAGCUACCCGUCGUUUGUAUGAGGAUACAUGCGACUUGCUGCGGGAACGCAGCCAUAGCCUAAUUUUACGCGAAGACCUUGAAACAAAACUGAGCGUAUCACUGGCCAAUAUGGAAAUGGAGCUGGGUAAGUGUAGUCUCCAACAGACGAGUGAUGGUGAGACAAAGGUGUUCCUUAAUGUGCUAGCACCGCACGAAGAUAUUGAUCACCGUAAGAAACAGAAACCAUUCUGGUUGCGCUUGCGUGGACACCAUGGAUCCCAUGGUCAUCAGGGAUCAAGCGGAGCGUCUGGUGGGAAAAAUAGUGCUGGAGCGACCAGCUCGAGGGAUGCUGUUAGCAAUUGGGGCGUCGGUGAAGUGGUCACAUGGCUGGAGGCCAUGCAGUUGUCGGAAUAUGUGGACAGUUUCAUUAAGAAUGACAUUCGAGGCAAAGAAUUACUCACGCUGGCCAGACGGGACCUAAAAGAUUUAGGAGUUACAAAAGUUGGUCAUGUGAAACGUAUACUGCAAGCAAUCAAAGACUUCGGUAGUUCGAGAGGAUAAAGCGUAGACCGUUCAGUCCAUCACAUUGAAACGAACGCUAUACUACACUACUGAAAGUAACUUAAUAAUUUGAACACUAUUCCGAAGCAGUUGUCGAUAUACACAAAAAUGCAUUUCGUUCCCGGCGAUAUUUCACUGAGAGCAAAAAGCAUUACAUUUUUUUAAUAAUCAUGAAACUAAAAGACUUCGUUUACUCACGUAUAAAACGUAUAAUUCCAAUCUGUCUAGUACUAUUUUCCCCGUAACCUAUAAUAUUCAAUGAACAACUGAAAAGCAAACAUUGCAAUGAAACAAUUAGAGGAAGUAACGAGAAACAUAAGCAUCUAAUUAGUAAUGUAAGCGUAGCGCAUAGUGUUACCAAUCGGUACCCCGGAUGCCGACAGUUUGAUGGAUUACAAGCUGGAGUAGCAACGACAGGAAUCAACCAAUAUCAAUUUUACUCGAAUCAUAAGAUGUAAAGCCUAAGACAUAAGCGUAAUGUUGAUUGUGUGGUUUAGUUACAAAUUCUCCAUUAUUAAAACUGUGGUCGAGUCAGUGUGUGCGAACGUAAAUUUCCCACUUCCCUUGAUCCUGAUUGUUUUCCCAAUGUUGUUAAACUUGACGAGAACAUACGUGAGAUAUACAAAAUACAAAAAAUACAAAGCAAACGUAUUCUAAAACAAACAUAACAAACCAACAUGAACAUCUAUCGAGAGCGAACAGAACAAACUUUUGCCAUUUGUGUUCCUACUUUAUGUGCUGUUGAGUGUUUAUUAACGAGCAAUCUAAAAUGUGUGGAAUGUGUGGACGGAUGAAUUUACAAAAAAGCAACAUUAAACUAGAUGGAACUAGAAUAUAUACAUUAUACAUGCAAGAUUCGUUCGUUCAUGAUCCUUAAAACUAGUUUUAUGAAGUAUUAUAAUUACAAGAUUUACGGAAAAUAUGUGAAUGUUUCUUCUUGUAGAGAUAUAUAAAUAGUAUUCAGGGCAUCCUCCGGUGAGUGGGAAAGUUCUUUGCUGGUGGCUUUGGUAGAAAUAAAUUUGAAACUUUACCGUAUGUUGUAAGAUAACUACGUACGCUUUGGAACAUAACCUACGUGCUUUAGAGAACCAUAAUGACUUUGAUGAGAAUCUUGUAGCCUUUUCCCAACACUGAUAUCUCUCGAGUAUCGGUGAUAUUACUGAACCCUACGUCUGUUUGCACAAUGAAGUUUGUGAAAUGAUUCUAGCCCUAGCUAAAAUUUUUAAUCCGGACCAGGUUUUAUUCGAUUGUUCUUUAUCAUCAGAUUAUGAUGUGUUCCAACGCAAAAUAAAACGACAACGAAGGUGACAAGGAAUGAACUAUUUAGCAAUUAUAGAUCCCUCCAUUCUUGAAAUAUUCUGAAAUAUCGAAAUUAACAGCAGAGUACCUAACUGGUUGAUGUUCCCAUUACGAAUAUCCCUUUAGCACAACGUUGAACAGAGGAUCCUCGACUUGGGGAAGUAUCCUUGUAGCGAGCUGCAGACCCACAUUCUUAAUUUUGAUCAGCUCUUGUCGAUCAAUCAUUUAAUAUGCGACUUUGAACUAUAUAAAAAGAUAUGGCGAGCCUAAUAAUUGGUAUUCAGAACUUUUUUGGUGAACCUUUUUUUCUUCGAUGGGUCCGAAGGCGAAAUUAUUUAUUGAAACAAAUGCAAGAAUGAAAAGAUUCUUGCAUCCGUCCUAAUGGAUUUUCAUCAAUGCUACUUAACUUGGUAAGUUUCUUGUAGUCCUUGGAUGGGGCUCCGAAGCAAUGAGGUUAUCAAAAAGAUUGAGUCUUAUGGCAGAAGUGAACAACUGUAAAAUUAACUUCCGUUGAAUACACACCACGGUUCGUAAUCACCAUUCUUCGUGGACGCCUUACUAUGGUGAGUAAAACUACUAACGUCGUCGUCGCGUUUUCGGAUCCAAGCAGUUCUCAGAAAUUGAGAAAUUGAGACUACCCUUUCAAUGAACCCCCUGUCACUAUGGCGUUCGAAGUAAUGACGGUUGUGUAACAUUUACCCAAAUACUUUUCACCCGAAACACGUUUACCCAAAGAACAUUCACUCGAAUAUACCAGAUACCCGAAUUACAUCUACCCGGAUGUAACAAAAAUCCUAAUGCAACAUUUACCCGAAUGUAAAAAAAAAUCCGAAUGCGUCAUUUACCCGAAUGCACAAUUCACCCGAAGGAAGAAGGAAUGGUUCCGACAAAUCAGUUUAUGCGGUUUGACGAUUCUCUGAUAGUAAAUAAGAAUAAAUCAAAUAAGAGAGAUCAACAAAAAAUCCGUAAUAAAAUAAAAAAUUGUAAUGAGGAAAUUUGAAAAUGAUUCGCUGAUUCAUUGUUUAGAAAUUAAUGUAGGUACAAAUAACAAAAAAAACAUUAAAACCGGUUUUAAAAUUCAUGGUAAAAAAACAAAAAAAAGAAAAUUCAUACCGUGGAAAGCUUCUAGGGUUAGUACUUGGUCGUGUAACCUGCAUGGAUUCCACCAGCUUCUGGCACGUGGUGAUCGGAAUGGCGUACCAACAAGCUUGGAUCCUAUCCCCCAGUUGCUGCUUAUUUUUCGAUUUCUCCGUGUACGCCGACCUUUUAACGAUCUCCAAUAGGUCUCUAUAGGGUUCAAAUCCGGUGACUGCGCUGGCCACUCCAUGAAGUUAAUUUUGUUAUCCUGGAACCACUUUUGAAUGGUCUUGGCGGUGCACUUCGGAUCGUUAUCCUGCAUGAACUGCCAUUUCAGGGUCAUCUCCUACACGGUGGGUGGCAGCACAACAUCCCUUAACAUUUGGCUGUAGAGGUACUGAUCCAUGAUCAGUACAAGGGGCCAACCCCGUACCAGGAGAAGCACCCUCACGCCAUAAUGUUCCUUCCUCCAUGCUUGAAUGUCUUCGUGGUAUACUGUGGCAUGUACGCACAGCCUAUUAGGCGAUGGACCCAUGUUUUUCCAUCCGAGCUGAUGAGGUAUAUUUACGGACCGAUCCUAUCGAAGUGGUCUUUCGCGGCUUCAGAUGCUUCGGCGUCGAUAUCCGGGCCUUCCGGGGGUUUAUACCGCCGCUGAACUGUCCACACUCACGGACGAGUUCAGUUCGUCCCGGAUCUUUUCCAAGGCCAUGAAGGGAUCUUUCUUGAAGGCUUGCUUUAUGGCAGAGUCAUUCUUCGGUCAUUUUUAUUGUGCGUCCGGUCGUUUCGGAUUUUUAUGCGGUCGUGGAGGGCAUUAAACACAAAGGUUUUGAAUCGUCCCAAAUACUCUGUGAUUUCGCGUUGGCUGCUGUCUGCCUUGGACAUUUUGCGGAUGACCAUCCGCUGUGUUUCCGUGCGCGCGACCAAUUUUUCGUUGACUGGAACUAGAAUUCGAGAAUUAAAACCUUACAUACUUCUUGUAUACAUGAUGUAUUUAUGAUGUAUUACCAGGAUCCACAAAACACAAAAUACCACCGAGAAGCAAUCAAUUAUUCUUAAAAAUCGGUUGAAAUAACACUCGAAACAGCCGAAUUUUGAUGCGUCAUUUUAGUUGUUAAGUAUGCUUAAAACGCAUUUUUUAAUGAAUGACUAUUGAUUUAACUACAGACAUAAAUUUCUUCGAACAAGGUAAUUAAAUUGUUAUAAUUGGAUUGAAGCACUGAAUUGGAUGAUUUUUUCUCAAAGUUUUGUAACUUUCUUUUUUUUUUGCUUGAACAAUGGUCUUAAUGUUUCGUCGGACACUGUAAAUAUAAAAUUACCUUCUAAGAAAAUAUAGUAGUGAGUAGUAUAUUCGGGCAAAUUUUACAUUCGGGUUUUUGUUGCAUCCGGAUAAAUGUCCAUUCGGGUAGAUGUUCCAUUCGAAAAACUGUCACAUUCGGGUAUUUGUUACAUCCGGGUGAUUGGAUUUCGGAUGAAUGUCUUUCGGGUAGCUGUCUUCCUACGGACCUACGAAUUCCUCCAGAAACAGAGUAAACUACCAACCUUUAUUUCUGCGGAAAUCGGUAUUUCUGCGGUAUCACUCUGUCGUAAAUAGGCCAUGGUAUAUAUACAGGGUAUAAGAAAGGCAAAUACCCUUAAAACUGCCUAGUCUCCUCCAGAGAUGUCGAAGCAGCUUUGAAUGCCACUUCCAACUGCUGUACAUAAUUUAGGCUGACUACAAUGAAUGUAUUCGCUGUGCGAGUAAACUUACCCUACAUCCUGAAAUUGAUCAACAGAAACUUCAAUGUGCAAACAAGACAUUCCCGGUUUUCUCUUCGAGGGCCGAACUCAGAUUCUCUCACAAUGAAAAGACAAUCGUUAAUCGUUAAUCGUAACUACCAGCCAGACCCGCCCAAUAUUAAGGGGACAGAGAGUUCAUAGAUUUUGGCAUAUAUCGUAGCAUUUAAGUACCAAUCCCAAUUGAAAUUCUAUAUUUCUUGAUCGACGGAGCAAAGCGAGUGGAUCAAAUUUUAACAACACGUUAGGCAUAGAAUAUAUCAUGUAACCAUAUUCACGUUGAGAUACUUAUUUGAGUCAAAAACUAGUAAUAGAAAUCGUGUUGUUGACAAAAGGCAAAUUUCAUAGUACUCGUAAGUAUCGCUAGUAAGGUUCUACAUCGCGGGUAGGUAACAUAAUUGGUAAAACAAGUCUACAACCUAGAUUUAAAUAUAUCCAACUGACAGUUUAAUGUUGACCAUUGCUGAAUUAGAAGGAACUAUGUUGAAAAUUAAAUUCAAAAUUAACUAAAUAAGAAACAAUGAAAUGUCUAUAGCUAAUAAGUGAGUGAAUCAUCAAACCAAAAACGACUCAUUCAGACGAUAAUCAAAGAUAAUCUACUUUACCCAGAAAAAAAAAUUGUAAUGCGCAAUUUUCUCACCAAAUGCGUCACGCGAGAGUUUUCUUGUGGCGUUGUAUUUGUUCAUCGAUAUUCAUCACGUGUUUUGCACACUGUUUGUCAGCACAAUUCCAGAUGAGGUAUGAAUCAAUGUAAAAUACGUUUAGAUGUUCUAUGUUAUCGGGAAGAAAAUCCCGAAUUGCUGAGCGAAAGUGUCAUCUUCGUCUUCAUUUACUUCAUCUCAGUCCGAUCACCGAUAUUUGUAAGGAAAUUUUAUUCCAAUACUCUGAAUUGCAUAAAAUUCUUGAAGCAUAUUCGAAAUACGAAUGCAUUUGCCAACCCUCUCACUUCUUUAUAGGACCUCAAAACCUGGUGGAUUUGCUCGAACAAAAGAUCCUAAUGGCGGACUCAUUCACGAUUUUUUCUGCGAAUGAUGAUCUCUCAUAGUCAUUCCGGAUCGAGUAGAUGUCCGGAGAUCCAUUACUGUGAUUUUAUUAUCAUUAAACUACUGUUCGACCAAUUUGGUGAUAGGCUUGGGUUAAUUAUCUUGUUGGAAAAAGUUUUAUCGGCAUUUUCUACUCUGCAUACGACAACAUAACAAGCACGUCAAUAUACACGAAAGAAUGCACAAUCCCUUUUAUUCGUUUAAUUGGACCAAAACACAUCCACCACUUUGUGAUAUUCAUUGUAAAUAAGUAGAAAACGCAGAACACAAUACUUAAGUUGUACAACAGAGCCUCUUUCUCUGGUUUCUCCAUUUUGAAUAAGGAAAACAAAGAAAGUAUUUUAUAAAACAACUUAUUUCUCAUGUUAUUGUGGGACACAAUACAGCUGAAGAAUCAAUGACAAUUCAGUUCCCAUCUUAGAACAUUGAAGUUAACUGACGUUUUUUAUAAUUGUUUAUAGCUGAUUCAAAUGUUUUGUCCACUACUGCAUGUAAGCAAUCUAACAGAAAUUUUGGAAAUAAAUAAUUACGUUGUACAGAAAAAAAACAUUAUUCAUCGGACCAUAUAAAACUGAAAAAUAAUUCUUACAGUUAAACAGAAUAAAAAAGUAUUAAAAAACUUUUUGAUUUGGAAAAUAAUCUUUGAUGUUGAACGCAUACUUUAGUGGCAAGAUCUUCUUCACUAAAGGUGGAAGUACACUGUAACGCGGAGGUCACAUAUUUUACAGUUUUCGACUGGUAAAAUUUGGUACAAAUACUACUUCAAUUAUCAACAGUGGCAAACAAUGUCAAACAUCGAACAUUUGAUUGGAAUAUUUAACGUAUGUCAGUUCAUGGUUUGUUGAACAGCUCCAAAAAAAGUUUCAGAAAACAAGAACUAGAUAUUUGCUUUGUGGGUUCUAUUUUAAAUAUAUUUGAUCAGCACCAUCAAUACACGUUAAUUAAAUUUUAUCCAUCAAAAAGUGUCAACUGCUUGGCUUCGUUCAAACAGUGUAUAGACACAUUAACUCAAUUUGAGAGUGAUGAGUUUCAGAUCGAAUAGCGUACAAUUAUUCGUAGUUUAUACAGUUUUUUGUACACUAAUCUGAAUUUCAGUGAAUAAGUGAAUAUCGUAAAGUCUUUCUAGGAUGUGUAAGUCUUCCUUCGUUAUAGAUUGUGUACCCGUAUAUUUUGUUGAAGAACCUGAAAAAUAGAGUCCAUGCGGAGUUCUAAAAUGAGAUCGAACGAUCAUUUUUGAUUGAUUGAUGAUAUUAGCUGGCGUACUUUGCGUGGCUAUUUCGGCUUCUAAACAUCCACAAUGCGAUAAGAUGAUAUGAGCAGAUCACUUUAUGAAUAUUACUGUUGGCUAGGUUCUUAUAGUUAUUCAAAAAAUAACUCUAUAAUAUAUUUCAAACAGACUGCUUUAGUGAAGGACCAAAAACGUAAUACAAACAGUAAACAAAUACCGGGGGCAUAAUAUCUUGUUAGUGUUGAAUACGAUGUUACCGCCAUUACGGGUACAGUUAUCACACAAAUGGACAUUCAUUUUAAUAAAAAUUAUAUCAAAGACUUCGAUGCUUGAUAAAAUAAAUCCACCUAACCAUUUUUCCGUUUAAACUACUUCAGACACUAUCGUUUCAACGAGGUAAUAUAUGAAUAAGAAAAGCAAAUAUAUUAAAUGUUUAGUUCUUGAUAGGCGAGUAGUUGCACAACAAUGAAAAUAUAUCUAUAAAAAGUAAAUCUGUUUAACAACAACGACAGAAUACUACUAUAACAACAUAUUUCAUGAUAUUGUAUAAAUUCAUCGAGUGCCCAAUCAAUGUUGAACCAUGUAGAAGAGGAUCAAUCAACCGACUCCAACCGACUCCAAGUCGAACAAUUCCUAGCACACCUUCAUACCUUUCACAUUGUUUAAAGACUGUCAUCAAUUUACGCAUGCUAUCUGUGAUAUUUUCACGAUCAUCUACAAUAAUAUAAAUAAAGCAAGGAAACCAUGUAAACCAACGAUGAUUCGGGAAUCAGUACGUUGUACACUCUGAAAAUUCAGCGAAUUUCAACAAAACCUCCGUACGAAACAUUUCACAGUAAAACUUUCGUCUUAUAUAGUAAGGAAAAUAAUAUAAAUGAUAUUGAAGUAAAUAACAAAAGAAGUAAUCAAAUCUUUACCAACUUAAAAGCAGAACAAAUAAAUUCACAAAUAUUACCAGAUGAAUAAACAAAAUAGAUAACUUACAGACCAAACACAAAGCGAAAAGCAUAGCAAUUAAGUUGAAGUAGAAUCUGUUACAAUAAAAACUGUUGAAAUGAAAUAACUCGGACGAAAGGUUCCGUUUUUACAAUGUACAAACUUCGUUGAAAUAUUGCCCAUUUGUAAAAAAAACAGCAGGUAAAAUGAUAAAAUCUACGAUGGUGUUGUAGAAUUAAAACCUUUACCCCACAAUUUUCCCACUCUUUUUGCAGUGCAAUAUGAGGAAAGUAAUAAUAGUGAAACAUUCAGAUUCCGAUUAUAUCCUUCAAAUAAAGAAACUUUAGAAA